AACCCUAAGAUAAAAUGGUACUACUACUUCUAAUAGCAUCUCUUUCUUCAGUCAUCUUUUUUCUUCUUCUUCUUCUUCUUCUUCUUCCCAAAAGUAAGCAAAAUCAAGCAUUACGUCCUCCUCCUGGACCAAGAGGGCUUCCCUUAAUAGGAAACAUGUUCCAGUUUAAACCCUCAAAUAGUCACAUCUACUUUUCCAAUUUAGGCAAGACUUAUGGCUCAAUUUUCACACUUGGGUUGAUGGGUAAGUCCAUGGUUGUGAUUCAAUCAGCCGAGUUAGCGAAAGAGGUGUUGCAAAAACAAGAUGAGAAUUUCUGUAGUAGGCCGCAAACAGCAGGAAGAAAAAAGCUAAGUUACAAUGGGUUAGACAUUGCUUUAAGCCCAUAUAGUGAGUAUUUGAAAGAAAUAAAGAAGGUUCUUGUUGUUAAUCUCCUUAGCUCUAAGAAUGUCGACUCUUUUGCUCCAAUUCGACAGGAAGAAGUCUCAAGGCUUAUUCAAAAGGUUUCUUCUCUCUCUUUUGCUUCCAAAACUGUCAACUUGAGCCAAUUGGUUCUCAAUUAUGCAGCUUCCAAUGCUAGCAGGAUCACUUUUGGAAAGAGGUACGACGACGAAGACGUGUUUGGGAGCAGAUAUUGGAGCCUGCUACAUGAAGCUGAAUACAUGUUCACAACAUUCUUCUUUAGUGAUUAUAUCUAUCUCGGUGGUUGGAUUGAUAAGUUAACUGGACAAUACUCUAGGCUUGAGAAGACGUUUAAAGAUUUAGAUGCAAUUUAUGAUAAAAUCAUUGACGACCAUCUUCACGCAAUUAAGCUUAAAUCUGAGCAGCAUGAUAUAGUUGACGUUUUGCUCCGCCUUAUGAAUGAUACUUCCUUUCCGUUUAAGCUCACAAUUCACCACAUUAAAGCUAUUCUAAUGAAUCUAUUUUCCGGAGGAGCAAAUACAACUACAGCUGGGGUGAUUUGGACACUUACUGAGUUAAUGAAAAACCCCAUUCCAAUGAAAAAAGUACAAGAAGAGUUAAGGAAGGCGGUCCUAAACACAGGUUGUAUAACAAAACUGGAUCUCUCAAAACUGGAAUACUUCAAGGCAGUUAUUAAGGAAUCAUUGAGGUUACAUCCACCAGCUCCAUUACUGAUUCCUCGAGAAACAACUCGAAAAACCAACAUAAAUGGAUACGACAUUUUACCCAAAACUAUUGUUGUUCUUAAUGGAUGGGCUAUUGGACGAGACCCCAAAUAUUGGAUGGACCCAGAUAUAUUUAUGCCUGAGAGGUUUUUAGGGAGUUCAAUGGAUUUGAUGGGGAUGACAAUGAUUCCGUUUGGGGGUGGAAGAAGAAUGUGUCCUGCUAGCGCGUUUGGCCUAGCCAACCUUGAGCUUGCGCUUGCCAAUUUGUUGUUCUCUUUUGAUUGGGAAUUGCCUGCUGGUUUAAACAAGGAUGAUAUUGACACCAAUGUGCUCCCUGGUUUGGUUACACAUAAGGAAAAAGAACUUUGCCUUAUUGCAAAGAAAUUCGAAUUCGCAGGAAAAUGAAAUUCGGAUGAAUUGAAUGAAUCAUAUCAAGUACUCCGUAUACAAUAUCCACUCCAAAUAAAUCGACCGUCGGCAUGAAUAGGGAUGGCAAUGGGUCGGAUCUGGACCGGGUCCGACAGGAUCCAGACCCGCUUUUUAAGAGGUGGAUCCAGAUCCGACCCAGAUCCGUUGGGUCCAAAAAAAUCAGAUCCAGACCCAGAUCCACUGGGUCUAAUGGGUUUAGGGUCGGAUCUGGGUCCUAAAUGGGUCUAAGCGUAUUUGUUUUCCAAAAAAAAUUGUCCCUCAUUUUUCUUAUAAUAUGUAAUUUUUUGCGCCCAUUUUUUGUAUGUAAACGUAACGUUGCUUUAAUAACACCACUAAAUAUGGAAUAUUCGUUAAUUUUGUUUAGGAAAAAAAAUCAUAUUAGCCUUGUGAUACAAUAAGUAUUUAAAGUUUCUAAUAUUAUUAUUUAUAU